UAACCCGGGUCCCAGAGGGCGGUACAUGAAGGGCGCUUAUAAAGCCAUGAUUGGAGCUAUUCAGUGGUGGGCAGCACAUAAAGGAGGAAUUAAUGUUGUUCUUGGUCCUGUCUUUGAUUAUGACCUUAAUGGGAAAAAGGAUAGUAUGACAGAUGUUAUGAAUACAGUGAAACCACUGGUCCCAAGUGAUUACUAUUUAGUGAUUACCUCUUGUAAUGGUUCUCCAGUUGUAAAUUGUCCAGUAGAGCAGCUGGAUGUAUUACCAUUUGUUUUUCCAAACUCAGACGUCCAGGAUAAUUGUUUCAUGAGUGAUAUGGAAUACUUGCAGUACCACUUAACAACACUGAAAGACAUAGAACUACUGACAGGCUUGCGAUUCUUCAGAAAUGUCUAUAUCCGUGAUAGAGUAGUAAUCCAAACAGUUCAACCAACUGCUGUAUGGGAUCUACCUGCUGAAAGAGCUACAACAAGGAAAGUGAACAACAGGAUUGGCAAAUCAGAUCACAUUCCUGUUGAAGAGGUGACUGCAGAGUAAAAUGUAAUAAGUGUGAAAGCAUUUUGGUUAAUAUGAUAAUGUGUAUUCUCCUUCCAAGAUUGUGCAGAGACAUACCUGAAUACAUAGACUCUGCAAAUUAUCAAGCUGUGAUAUAAGUUUGAUUUACAAAA